AUGAGCCAAGCAGCAACCAAACCUAGUGGACCACAAACCUUAUAUGAUAAGGUGUUCCAGGAUCACGUUGUUCACAAAGAUGAGUCUGGAUCAUAUUUGCUAUAUAUCGACAGACAUUUGGUGCAUGAGGUUACUUCUCCACAAGCUUUUGAAGGUCUAAGGAAUGCUGGCAGAAAAGUCAGAAGAGUUGACUGUACUUUGGCAACAGUGGAUCACAACAUUCCUACUGUUUCUAGAAAGGACUUUGUUGACAUUGCAUCCUUUAUCAAACAAGCUGAUUCCCGUUUACAAGUGGAAACCUUAGAACAAAAUGUUAAGGACUUCGGUGUUACAUACUUUGGUAUGUCCGACGACAGACAAGGUAUUGUUCAUAUCAUUGGGCCUGAACAAGGGUUCACACUUCCAGGGACCACCGUGGUGUGUGGUGACUCACAUACUUCCACACAUGGUGCUUUCGGUGCCCUUGCUUUCGGUAUCGGUACUUCUGAAGUAGAGCACGUCUUAGCAACUCAAACUAUCAUCCAAGCAAAAUCCAAGAAUAUGAGAAUUUACGUUGAUGGUCCACUAUCCCCAUCAGUAACAUCCAAGGACUUGAUUUUGCACAUCAUUGGUGUUAUUGGUACUGCAGGUGGUACUGGUUGCGUGAUCGAAUUCGCUGGUCAAGCAAUCGAAGAACUCUCCAUGGAAGCUCGUAUGUCCAUGUGUAAUAUGGCAAUUGAAGGUGGUGCAAGAGCCGGUUUGAUUCAACCUGAUCAAACAACAUUUGACUACAUUAAAGGUAGACCUCUAGCUCCAAAAGGUGCUGAAUGGGAAAAGGCCUUGAAAUACUGGAAAACUCUACAUACUGAUGAAGGUGCACACUUUGAUUACGAUAUUACUAUCAAGGCAAGUGAUGUGAUCCCAACUAUUACCUGGGGUACUUCUCCACAAGACGCCCUUCCAAUCACUGCUGCUGUUCCUGAUCCAGCUAAAAUAUCCGACCCAAUCAAAAAGGCUUCAGUUGAAAGAGCUUUGAGCUACAUGGGUUUGACUCCUAACACACCUUUGAAGGAUAUUUCCAUUGACAAGGUUUUUAUUGGUUCUUGUACCAACGCUAGGAUCGAAGAUUUGAGAGCUGCUGCUGCUGUUGUGAAAGGUCACAAGAAAGCCGAAAGUGUAAAGCUUGCUAUGGUCGUUCCAGGUUCUGGUCUUGUUAAAAAACAAGCUGAAUCAGAAGGUCUAGAUAAGAUUUUCGAAGAAGCUGGGUUUGAAUGGAGGGAAGCUGGUUGCUCUAUGUGUUUAGGUAUGAACCCUGAUAUUUUAGAUCCACAUGAACGUUGUGCCUCCACCUCCAAUAGAAAUUUCGAAGGUCGUCAAGGUGCUUUAUCGAGAACCCACUUGAUGUCGCCCGCAAUGGCUGCAGCUGCUGGUAUUGCUGGCCAUUUUGUGGACAUCAGAGACCAUGAGUACAGAGACAAUGACGUUCCAAAGGUUUCUAUCGAACAGGAAGCGCAAGAUAAGGUCUUACAAGAGGCUGUUUACGAACAUGAAAAGGAACCUUUACAACCUGGCGAAUCUGUUGAUGAAAAAAGCGACGAUGAAAAACUAGAUAUCCCUCCUUCCGAUCAUGUUACCCAAGAAACACCAGCUAAAGAGGCUCCAAAGUCUGCUCCAAGUGCUAUGGAUCCAUUCUUAACUUUGGAAGGUAUUGCCGCGCCAAUUGACAAAGCUAACGUCGACACAGACGCCAUUAUUCCAAAACAAUUCUUGAAGACUAUCAAGAGAACCGGUUUGAAGAACGGUCUAUUCUAUGAAUGGCGUUUUACCAAGGAUGCUGAUGGUAAAGACAAAGAAACUGACUGGGUUCUAAACGUAGAGCCUUGGAGAAAGGCCGAAAUUUUAGUAGUUACUGGUGAUAACUUUGGAUGUGGUUCCUCUAGAGAACAUGCACCAUGGGCUUUGAAAGACUUCGGUAUCAAGUGUAUGAUUGCUCCAUCUUUUGGUGAUAUCUUCUACAACAACUCUUUCAAGAACGGCCUACUACCAAUUAGACUACCUCAGGAUGUAAUUGAAUCAAAGUUAUCUCCGUUAGCAAAUGCUGGUGCAAAGCUUACUGUUGAUCUACCCUCCCAAAAGAUCAUGGACUCUGAAGGAAACGUUUUGAUUGAGCACUUUGAUGUGGAACCAUUUAGAAAGCAUUGCUUAGUCAAUGGUUUAGAUGAUAUUGGAAUUACUUUACAAAAGGAAGAAUUCAUCCAAGAAUACGAAAAAAUGAGAAGAGACAGGUUCUCUUUCUUGGAAGGUGGCUCUAAACUAAUAAAGCCUAUCAAGGGUACCAAAAAGAGUCCUUUCGGUGUUAGAGCACAAGAAUGGUAA